AUGGACAAGGCGAUGGAAGCAUUGCCCAAAGUGAUUCCGAAAGCAGCAACUGCAGCAGCUGUGACCGCUGCAACCGCUCUCCUAGGUAAAGCGCUGGACGAAAAAUACAAUAUCCGUGAAGAUCUCGCGCAGAUUCGGACAGCACGGCAACAAAAGCGCUACUGGAAGGAGCUGUGCAAGGCUCAUGGGGAAGAUGAUUGGUCUUUCUACCACACCUUGCACUCUUUCGGUCAAGAUGAGUACGAAGAAGCAUUUCUGUUUGAGGACAGGAGCUGGACAUACGCCGAAUUCAGAGGAGAAAUAGGUCGGUUGGCAGAAGAGUUUGAGCGCAGGGGCAUAAGGAAUCGCACGGUGGUUGGCAUGUUUAUUAACAAUUCUCCCGAAUUCGUCUUUGUCUGGUGGGCAUUGUUCAAAAUUGGUGCUAUACCUGCGCCAAUAAACACAUCCAUAAGCCAAGAGCCGUUCAGACAUUGCUUGAAGAUCAGCGAAUCCCAGGUCCUGAUCUGCUCAUAUGAACUGUAUGAUACUGCUGCAAUAAGCUUGGACAUAGGGAAAGAGUCGGCGACGAAUUUUAGAGACGACCGAGUUCCGCACCUCCAGGAGAUCAUUCUCUACGACUAUGGAACGUAUUCCCAUGUGAACAGCUCAGCUGCACGCCCUCGUCUUGUGAGCACCAUCAUUCAUGAUGAGCUCCCCUCUGCGACGCGUGCAAUGGCUUCCUGGGAGAGUGAGAAGAGGCCCAAGGUUAGAAUUAGCGAUACGUCGCAGUAUUUGUUCACAUCAGGUACAACGGGGCUUCCAAAAGCAGCAAUAUGGCCAUGCGGGCAUGCGAUGAUGGGAACCAGCCCGUAUCGAUGGCCACAUAUGUUUAAGAAGAAGCGGAGAACGUACCUGUGUACCCCGAUGUUUCACGGCGGUGCCGCCUAUGCGCUGUUGCCAGCUACUCAUGCUUCUGGUGGCACCAUUAUUCUUGCGCGCAAGUUUUCGGUGAAAUCAUUCUGGAAGGACAUCCGUCGCACUCGCGCAAACAUGAUAUUUUACAUUGGCGAGAUGGUCAGGUACUUGUACCAGGCACCGCCAGACCCUCAUCAUCCAGAUGAAUCAAAAGCGAAUGGACUAGAGAUAAUAUACGGCCUGGGCAUCAACCCUACUGCAUGGCGAGGCUUCCGAAAUCGAUUUGGUGUUCCUUGGAUUACGGAAUACUAUGGGGCUACUGAAGGUACUACAGCGAUUAGCAACUCAAAUUUUUCAAAUAAAAAAGGAGUAUCGAAGGUUGCACACUGGGGCCCACUCAUGCGGAAUAGCUGGCUUGGUCAAGAUACCUUUUACAUUAUCAAGAUUGACCUGGAGACAGGCGAGCCUGUUCGAGACGCAAAGACCGGGUUUUGCCGGAAGACUGAAUAUGGCGAGAUUGGCGAGGCUAUAAAUCGGAUCGUCCCACCUCUUCAGCGCAGACAUGACUAUGUUGGGGAGGGCGGAGCAGAGGCAACAGAGAAGAAAACAUUGCGUGAUGUUUUCAAAAAAGGUGACUUGUUCUGGAGAAUGGGGGACGCCCUAUCCAUGGAUCGUGAAGGCUAUAUUACCUUUCACGAUCGUCUUGGAGACACUUAUCGUGCAAAAGGGCACAAUAUCUCAACUGCAGAAGUUGAGCAUGCAAUCUCGUCACACCCGAAUAUUGAAUCGGCAAAUGUGUACGCUAUUGCUAUGAACCAGUUUGGCUACGAGGGACAGCUGGGCUGUGCAGCGCUAACCAUGAAAGACGGUUCGUUAGGCGCAGAAAUAGAGACUCUGAAGACGCUCGAGGAGCAUUUGACUAAAACUGCAGGAUUGGCAGGCUACGCGGUGCCUAGAUUCGCCCGUGUGAUUGUCGACGGUGGUGAUGAAAACAAAAGGGCCCAGCUUGGUAUUGCUGAUCGCGAGAGCGUGGGGGCGGAAUACGUCUCAUUGAUGUUGAAGAAGCUUAAAACAGGUCUGAGAAAAGAAGGUUGCCGAUCUGGAAUCGAGCUUCUGAAGAGUCAAACCUGGCUGACCUUGUACAGGCUUUAUGAUUCCACCAGGCAGUAAAGACCGUAUUUACUGGAUUCCGAAGGAAGCCGAAGGAUUUCAAGUCCUAGAUCCUGACACGCAACAACGGCUUCUGGCGGGAAGGGCGAAGUUGUGAGUUAUUUAAAGCAGCAGAUGAUUGAAUCAGCGUUGAAAUGCUUCCGACUAGCACAAGAAUCUUCACAACACUUGGCUUCAAGUACCGCUGAAACAGCAGCUCAUGAGCCAAGAAAGGUCUUCAAAGACGAGUGCAAAGAGUGUUCCCUCCUGAGAGCUUCCUGCUGAGCCAAACGUCGUGCGAAUAACAUAAGCGAUGAGCACAUUUGUCUCACAAUUUGCAAUGUAGAUUCAUCAUCCAUCUCAGUCUUUUGUAAGAA